AUGUCGCACGAAGCUCUCAACCCUAUUCAUCCGUCUGUGCUGCCGCAUCUCGACCCUACCUUCAUCGAACUCUAUAACAAACAUGUAGCCAACACCCCAAGCGGGCCAAUCGAUCUCACCGUCCUUCGCUCCAAAUAUUCCGUUCUCUACUCCUAUGGUACCGGUCCCGCGCCGGAGCCCGCUCGCGUGUACGACGCCACUAUCCCAGGCCACAACGGGGAUUUAAUUCCCUGCCGAGUAUAUGAGCCCGACAGCCCGGGACCAUGGCCCGUCCACGUUGACUUUCAUGGUGGCGGCUGGGGCCUCGGGGACUUGGAUACUGAAUCUCACAUCUGCAAGCACAUCGCCGUCAAGGCCAAAGUAGCUGUUGUCGACGUCGCCUACCGACUUGUUCCCGAACACGCCUUCCCCAUCGGCAUCCAGGAUUCAUUCGCUGCACUCCAACACUUAGCCUCUCCUGCCGGCCGCGCGCAGUUUCCAAGCCUCGACACCACACGCAUUUCCCUGGGCGGCGUUUCCGCGGGAGGCAACAUCGCACUUAUCCUUGCGCACCUGGCACGGGACCAUCAACUUCCUCUCCGUCUUGUAGCGGUAGGUACUCCCGUAAUCGACGACAUCUCGGUGUACACUACAGCCCACGACUCGCCGUUCCCGUCCAUGCAGGAGAUGGAGCACGCCCCAACCCUGAACUGGGCGCGCUUAAAAUGGUUCGAUCAGCUCAAGUGGCGCAGUCUCAGCGAGGACGAGAAUGUGCGCCAGAAGCAGAUGGCUGAGGUGAAGUGGUAUGCCAAUGCGCUGAAGGCGCCAGACUUCACGCGGCUGCCGCGGACCGUUAUCUACACGGCGGGGUGUGAUCCGCUGCGUGAUGAGGGCGAGGCGUAUGCGCGGAAGUUGGUCGAGGGAGGGUGUGAGGUCACAGUGAGACGGUUUGAGGGUGUCCCUCAUCCGUUCAUGCAUAUGGAUAAAGGUAUAUUUUUUCCCCUUCAAUUUGUUUGGUGUUUGUGCUGA